GCAGCAGACCUUGCUAAUUUGCACAUAGGAAAUGUUGUGUCUUUUCUUGAGAGGAGGAAACUCUUUUUGCAAGUAACUUCUGGACAAGAUGAUGAGAAUAAAGAAAAAAAAACAGCUAUGUGAGCCUUCACUUAUGUGUGGGGGAACCACAAAGAAGCAGGCACAGAGUAAACUAGCAGGUGACACAGCAUGUUAAACUAACUGGGUGAGAAGCUUGUACACAGGAAGUUAAAGAAGCAGUAGCAGUCAGCUCUCUCGACCAGAACAGGCUCUAAAAUAGAAAAACAGAAGUAGACUUAAAAAAGCUUGAUUUCCGCACAAUGUGAGGAAGGCAGAAACAGGCAGAACAAGUCAAGCUAUACUUUGAAAAGGACUAUAAAGAGUAACAAAGAAUAUCAGAGGUUGAUUUUGAACUGAUAAAAGCACAAAAAAGCAAUACACAAGGAUAAAGAGAGACCUUCGCAGGGGCAAGGAAAAAACAACUGGUGUCACAUGGGGAACCUUCUUAAAGUGUUGACUUGUAACGACCUUGAGCACGGCCCUAAUUUUUUCCUUGACUUUGAACAUGCUCAGCCAACAGAAGCAGAGACUGCUGUGUGGAACCAGGUCAAUGCAGUGUUAGAGGAGGCGCAGACAGUCCUAGGAGAACUUCAGUCCUACACUGGAGCUGGACAAGAAAUAAGAGAGGCAAUCUCAAACCCAAGUGACCUCAGCCUACAGGAGAAAGCGUGGAAUGCUGUCUGCCCUCUUGUUGCCAAACUGAAACGAUUUUAUGAGUUCUCACUACGGCUGGAAAAUGCCCUGCGGAGCUUGCUGGAAGCCCUCACUAGUCCUCCUUAUGCCCCAACUCAGCAUCUGGAGAGGGAACAGGCACUGGCUAAACAGUUUGCAGAGAUUCUUCACUUUACGCUAAGCUUUGAUGAGCUAAAGAUGACAAACCCAGCAAUUCAGAAUGAUUUCAGUUAUUACAGGCGAACUAUUAGUCGAAACCGGCUCAAUAAUUUACAGCUGGAUGCAGAGAAUGACGUCAAUAAUGAGAUGGCCAAUCGGAUGUCUCUGUUCUAUGCAGAAGCAACACCAAUGUUAAAAACCCUAAGCAAUGCCACAACUAAGUUUGUCUCAGAGAACAAGACUCUGCCAAUUGAAGACACAACAGACUGCCUCAGCACCAUGGCCUGUGUAUGUCGAGUGAUGCUAGAAACACCAGAGUACAGAAGUCGAUUCACCAACACAGAGACUUUACUGUUUUGCAUGAGAGUAAUGGUUGGUGUCGUCAUACUGUAUGACCAUGUACAUCCUGUGGGGGCGUUUGCAAAGACCUCAAAAAUUGAUAUGAAAGGAUGCAUCAAAGUUCUGAAAGACCAGCCAUCUAAUAGCACAGAAGGUCUCCUGAAUGCUCUCAGGUACACCACCCGACACCUGAAUGAUGACACCACAUCUAAGCAAAUCCGGGCCAUGUUGCAGUGAAAUGCUACUGCCUGAUGCCACUAUCACUACCAUCUCCAGUGGAGAAAGUCCUCCAAGGCAGGCCGUUUACAUGUGACUUGGAUGCAAAUUGUUCAUGUUAACAGCGUGAUGAUCCAACUAACCAUUAUACCAUGUAUGUCAUUUUAUAAAGACAAAUUAAAAAUGAAAAAGUCUUCAGAAUGUCUCUCUACAUCUUCAGCUCAGUGGAGAAGAAAUGAAACUCACUGAAUUAGUCAAUGCCAUGGGCUACCUUUAGUUAUGUUUUCAUGUUUUGUUAAUUUAGGAAAAUGGUGGUGUUAUUUGUCAGUAUGUCUUUUUUCAAUAAUCAGCCUUGGAACUGUUUGGCCCUGUUGGGUCCCAUAUGUUGACUUAAUGAGACACAAUGAUCUCUGGGAUCUGACAGGCUUUCUUGACAAUGGCCAAGGCCUUAUGUGUCUUAGUUUGUUGGCCUAAGGGUAUUCCCUUUUCCCAAAGGUACUGGUUUGUGUUAGUAUUGUAAUUCCAUCAGCGGUGUGUCAGAGGGCACCUUUCAUAUGCUCUUAAUCUGUCAUGAUAAACUUAAUACCAAUGUUUAUUUUUAAUUUGAAAUUCACCUUGUUGUUGUAUAAUAUAGAUGAAGAAUAUUGUCUCAUUUUGAGCUAUUUCUUUGGUUCAAGACAUUCAUAAUUAGUUUGGAUUUACCUUCUAAAUUUUACAUUUUCCAAACAAAGAUCAAAAUAACCAUCCACUUGUUAUUUUGUACAUUGUACAUUUUUUUUCUGUGUGCCUGAAAAUAAAAUGUUGUUUAAUCA